AUGUCGGACACAAACUUCGACCUUGAAGCAGUUAUUAUUGCCCUCGUUCCUGAGAACAUUCGGUCCAAGCCCCUUGAUCUCACAAUCACGAAGUUGGUUGAAUUGAAGGACGUGAUCAAGAUAACUCUGGUCCGAAGCAAGCGCUAUGGAUCGUGGGACAAUGGCACUGAGGAUGGCCGUAAUGCAAUCAAGGAACUGAUCUGGUUGUAUCUCAACAACAAGGAUUUGGGUGCUCAGUUCAAAGGUGCGCCAGUAUAUGCGGAAAGUGUCCUGGAUAAUUUCGCAAACCCUCUGUUCAAUCUCCCGCUUGAGGUUCUCAGAUGCGGAGAGGCCCUGAAGUGGAAGUUCGAAUUUUGCAACUGGGGCAUAGUCGAAUGCAAGAACGAAGAUGACACAUCCAAGGCAACAUCGAAGAAGAGAAAGUCCGAUGCUCUGGAGGAUAACGAGGAGGGAAGUAGUGCCCUAGCGGGUGCUAAGAAUUCAGCAAUUGCCGCACAACCACAAGGUGUCUUUGUCAAGGCUCCGGACAACCACCCAAUCUUCGGCUUGAACGGGAUCAUGCACCACAUCGAGGCAACCAAGAGUGGAAAGAAGUCCUACCGAGUCAGCGCACAUUACGCAGGCAGAGACUUCAGAAAAUUUGGAGACAAUGGCUUCACCGUUGGAGAUUGUUGGGCAUUGCAGAUUGCUGCUCUGAGAGACGGUGUCCAUGGACAUCGAAUUGCCGGCAUUUGCGGUACACCAGACUCUGGAGUGUACUCGAUCAUUGUUGCUGGCACAUAUGCGGACUCAGAUCAGGACAAUGGAGAUAAAUUGGAUUAUGCGGCCGCCAAUGCGGAAGAAAGCACCGCAUUGACCGCAGACCGUACGAACAAUGGAACGAAGUCCUUGCUCCGCUCAAUCACUACCAAGAAGCCAAUCCGAGUCCUGCGAACGUCGACAUCGAAGUGGCCAAAAGCACCCAAAGCUGGAUUACGCUAUGACGGACUUUAUGAGGUGACCGGAUCUGAGGAGAAGACGAACAAGAAGGGAGGAAAGUACAUUAGCUUCAAGCUAGUGAGGAUUGCAGGUCAGGUCGAAAUUGCCACGGAUAGACCUACGAGAGCUGAGAAAAGAGCGAUCAGAGCUGUUCAGCGGGGAUACUAG